AUGUCUCUCGUCACGGGUCGCCGAUACUCCAACUUGGUCUGCAAGAAGGCCGAUGUCGAUCUCAACAAGCGUGCCGGUGAACUUACCUCCGAAGAGCUCGAGCGUAUCGUCACCAUCAUCCAGAACCCCACCCAGUACAAGAUCCCAUCCUGGUUUCUCAAUCGUCAGCGCGAUAUCGUGGAUGGCAAGGACUCCCAAAUCCUGGCCAACGGUGUUGACUCGAAGCUCCGUGAAGAUCUCGAGCGCCUGAAGAAGAUCCGUGCUCAUCGUGGUCUCCGUCACUACUGGGGUCUCCGUGUUCGUGGACAGCACUCCAAGACUACUGGACGUCGUGGCCGUACUGUCGGUGUGUCCAAGAAGAAGGGUGGUUAA